AAUAACCUAAAAGAUAAUAUUUCCGGAGAAAGCAGUACUGGCACAUCUGUACUACUUGUUAAGUUAUUUGCUGCAGCUUUCUAUGGACUCUCUUCUUUCCUUAUUGUUGUCGUUAACAAGAGUGUUCUUACUAACUACAGAUGUUGGCCAAGAAAAGUAUAGUUACAGUCUAUAGAUCUAACCACUUUGUCUUUCGCAAGAGUUUUAUUCUUAUUCACCUUGCUUUGCUAUUCGGGUAGCUCUCACCACAUGAAUAAAGAUUCCCGUCUUCUUUAGCAGUGGGAAUUGGACAAAUGUUUGCAACGAUUGUUGUGCUACGAGGAGCAAAAUCAUUAAAAGUGGUACAUUUCCCAGAUUUUGAUAGUCGUGUACCCAAUAAGGUAUGGCCACUACCUUUAGUGUAUGUGGGAAAUCAGUUAACAGGCCUGUUUGGAACAAAACAACUGAAUCUGCCAAUGUUUACUGUGCUCAGAAGAUUCUCCAUUUUAUUCACAAUGCUAUUUGAGGGUUACCUCUUAAAAAAGGAGUUUUCAUGGUCCAUAAAGGGAACCGUAUUCACUAUGAUCCUGGGAGCUUUUAUUGCUGCAAGUACAGAUUUAUCUUUUGACCUCCAUGGAUAUGUGUUCAUUACACUUAACAACAUUCUGACUGCGGCUAAUGGGACAUACAUGAAACAAAAACUGGACUCCAAGGAACUGGGAAAAUAUGGGCUGCUGUAUUACAAUGCUCUAUUCAUGAUUAUUCCCACUAUGAUUUUAGCAUACUUUACUGGAGACGUUAAAAAAGCUUUGGAGUAUGAUGGUUGGGCUGAUAUUUUAUUUGUGAUUCAGUUUGUGUUAUCAAGUGUCAUGGGGUUUAUACUCAUGUACUCAAUUAUGUUAUGCACCCAUCGUAACUCUGCUUUGACGACAACCAUUGUCGGCUGCAUCAAGAAUAUCUUAGUGACAUACAUCGGGAUGGUAUUUGGUGGAGAUUACAUCUUUACGUGGGUGAAUUUUAUCGGCCUAAACAUCAGCAUUGCUGGCAGUCUUGUGUACUCAUACAUCACUUUCACUAAGGAACAAAAAAAAAAAUGAUGUUUAAACAAGACAAAGUCAGUCAAGAACCCAGUCUCAUUCUGCACCAGUGAUCAGCAAUUGUCCCAGCAGUCUUGGUUUUGUUAUUUUGUAUGAACCAAUUCCUAUGCCAGGGAAACAGUGACAUACUGAAUAUUAUUUUAAUCUUUUCUGAUAUUAUUUAAUUAAAUGUUGAUAGAUGAGAAGUGAUUUCCUUUGCUGUGGUAUGAAAUAAAUACUAUCCUUUUGUCUUACUAAGUAGUAAAUUCCUCAGCUUAAUUAAAGGUGGACUGUUCAGUUUCUUUUUUUAAUUUGAGGGAUAAGUAAAUCUAAUUUUUAAAUUUAUUUUUCUUUUAUUUUUGUGGUUAAUUAACAUAAUGGAUAUGAAUUACAACUGUUGAGCCUGAAAUAAACAAGUGCAUGACAUGA